AUGUUCCACAUUAUGCUCUCUCUCAUGCUUCUCUCUCUGGAUGGCUCAUCGACCUUCGCAACCGUAACUCUGGAGGCUCGUCAGACCGUAAGCCCAUGCGCAGGGCUUGGAAAUAAUACAUGGAGCAUCACACCGUAUAACUUCACACUUGCUGCCUACAACAUAACAUUACCGAACGCAAAUGUUUCCGGCGUACCUUUGAUCUACGCCCCAGUUCAAGGAUUUACGCCAACUGUAGCAAUAGCGACAUCCGAUUCUUUUCUCGCUGAGUCAGGAUUGCAGCUGAACUAUCUAUACAACAACACGCUCAACCCACGCGAAUCGAACGGAUCUAGUAUUGCUGUAUCCGGAAACCCUGUCGCACAAGGCAUGUCGCUACAAUUCCUACUAGAAUCACAUGGGAACACCUCUUCGUCUGCACAAAUAUACUGCGUCAAGGAUGCCGAGCCAAACGAUGGGUAUCCUUACCCCAUCCUAGCUGUGAACGGAGACGCUGACAACUUCUCGCUUUGCUUGGGACUCUUUCCGCUGGCUACUGAUGUCAGCUACGUCAUCUAUAGACCUAUCCAGAACACAUCCGGUUAUAUUUACGAUAGUUGCUAUUCAGUGCGUUUGAAUGUGCUAUGGGAGUAA